AUGGCACUAUCCCCCUAUAAGUUUGUGCCCAUCCAAUAUCGUCGUGGAAAUCUAGACAUUCUGUCGAAUUGGCGUGGGUUAAUGAAACGAAAAAGCUUAAGGAAAAUAUUAGCAUUGGACUUGCCGAGUCACCGGUCGUCCAUGCUGAGCGAUUGGCAUCGGGAAUUGGGAAUUACGGGCUUUGAUGACAAUAUCAAGUGGCGGACGCUGAAACAUAAUGGACCUGUGUUUCCACCACCCUAUAGAAGACUUCCCCCGAAUGUACAUUUCUAUUAUGACUCACAGCCUUUCAGAUUGUCCGAGGCAGCGGAGGAGGCAGCAACCUUCUAUGCCAAGAUAUUGAACACGGAUUUUGUGAAUAAGCCGACCUUUCGAAUUAAUUUCUUUCAUGACUUCUGCAAUGUUCUGGAUCCCUGCGAGCGUCGCACGAUUCAGGAGUUCUCGCUCUGCGAUUUCAGUCACAUUCACAAAUAUUUUGUGGAAAUGGCUGAGAAGAAGCGACGAGCCAGCAACACAAAGAAGGCGCAGCUCAAAGCCAUUAGACACGCUGAGGCCGAAAAGUUCGGCUUUUGUGAGAUCGAUGGAUUCCGGGAGCGCAUCUCUAAUUAUCGGAUCGAGCCACCUGGGAUCUUUCGAGGUCGCGGCAUGCACCCAAAAAUGGGUAUGUUGAAAGCACGCAUCGAUCCAGAGGAAGUGGCCAUCAACUGUAGUCCGGGCGCUGAGCCAGCUCCACCAUGUGGCCACCAGUGGAAGGCGAUUAAGCACGACAAUAGUGUCAGUUGGCUGGCUUGCUGGAAGGAUCGUCUACACGGGCAAACCAAGUAUAUUAUUCUCAAUUCGGGUGCACGCCAACAGGGCAUUAGAGACUUAAACAAAUUCGAAACAGCACGUCGUCUAAGUCACCAUAUUGCAAAGAUUCGAGAAGCGUAUCGCACAGACUGGAACUCUUCGGACCUAAUGGAGCGACAGAGAGGCGUAGCCAUGUACUUUAUCGAUGUGCUGGCGCUGCGAGCGGGAAACGAGAAAGACGGUUAUACAGCAGACACAGUGGGAUGUUGCACACUUCGUGUGGAGCAUAUGCAUCUUUACGAUAUCCUUGAAUCGGUGCCGCACGUCGUCAUCUUUAACUUUUUGGGCAAGGACUCCAUACGGUUCUGCAAAAAAAUCGCCCUUGAUAUGAAUGUCUAUCACAAUCUGAAAAACUUCAUAUUGCAUAAGGCACUGAAUGAUUUGGUUUUUCAUUUGCUCUCCACACAGAAACUGAAUGAACACCUCAAGACACUGAUGGAUGGUUUGACAGCCAAGGUCUUUCGCACCUACAACGCGUCCGUCCUCCUCCAAUGUCGCCUAGACAGACUCACAUUGCCAGAGUUGAGUGUGGAUCAAAAAAUUGAUGCAUACAACAAGGCCAAUGCCGAGGCAGCUCUAUUAUGCAACCACCAGCGUCUGGUGCCGAAGUCCUGCAUCAAUAAGCUGGGCAAAUGGGAAAAGCAGAUUAUCAGAAAACGUACCGAAAUCGCUCGUCAGGAGUGUCUUUGCUACACCUCAGAAGCGGACGGGCGUCCAACACCCACAAAAGCGGAUAUUCGAAGUUUGACCCGUCUCAGGCGACAGCUCUGUGAAUUGGAGGAGAAACGCGACGACACGAUGAAGAACAGCAACAUUGCAUUAAUUACCUCGAAGGUGAACUAUUUGGACCCUCGCAUCACGGUGGCUUGGUGCAAGAAACACUCUAUUCCCAUUGAUAAAAUAUUUAAUGCCUCAUUACAGAACAAGUUUAAAUGGGCAAUACGCGCUACCGAUCAGAACUUUCGUUUCUAA